GACUCACUUUUCCACAACGUGGUUCAAACACAUGGUUGCUCAGAUCAGAACUCCUUGCUGAGACUGAACGAUUUAAUGGCCGCAAACUGGUGAAGAAGAUCAUUACAUCUCAAGUGAAAAUUGUUUUAAAUUGGAAAACGUUUAGCCAGGAAACCAUGGCAGCGGUUACUUCUUGGUUUUGUGGAGGAGAAAACUUGUCUACCGUAGACAAUGUUUCAAUCGUUCUACAUCCUCCUGGUAACUGGGCCUCCAACACCUGUACAAUAGACCUCAUACUACUUAUCAUACACUUGGUAUUUUGUAUGAUGGCUUCACUGGCUUUAAUCUUCAUACCUGUAUGUAGCAUCUCUCGUGCAACUGAUCAUGGCUACAUCAUCCGCUAUCCAGGUCACGUGGUCCGUUGGUUGACGUAUAUCCUGUACACUGUUCUAUGUAUCGGUAUAAUUGUCGAAGGUAUCUUAACCUCAAAUGACCAUAACUUUGAUAGUCCUCCGCGACUGUACAUAGUACCAUUAGCUGGAUUCAUGGCCGCCAUCUUUGUAAUGGUAUAUUAUCAUUACAUGGAAUACUGGGAGCUACCGGGAAUGUGGCCUGUACAGUUCUUAUACUGGGUGUGCCUCCUCGUCGCAGAGUGUUUCAGGGCUUCUGCGUUUCAUCACGAUGAUAUUACGUCACGUCACAUGAUCUGGGUCUUCAAUAAGUCAAUGAUAGCUGUAGAUGCAGCGAUGUGUUUGGUGGAAAUCUAUUUUCUGAUGAAAAAGGGAUUCAGCCUCGGAUCAUCACCUAAAGAACAUCCUCCAGAAUUGAGGAAUCUGAAGUAUCUUCAUGAUGAUUGUAGUUUACCAUCAUCUCUCCUCUAUGCAUGGAUGAACGACCUGUUUAAGAAAGGCAUGACGCAGGCAAUAGAAGAUGAAGAUAUGGGAAGCCUACCCGAUGAGCAUUCUGCAAAGUACUCCAGCGAACGAUUCGCCAAGAUUCUCAUCCAAGAAAAGGAGAGGGCCAGAAAGAAAGGCCUUGAGAUCAGUUUCAGUCGAGCUCUCUACAGAUUCCUUAAGAAAGGACUGUACAUAUCGGGAAUUCUCAUAUUUAUUGGAGUUACGUCAGGUUUUGCCACGCCAUUUUUCAUCGCUGGAGUUAUCAGAUGGGUAACCUUACGCAGCCAAGAUACCGAGGAGACAGUCCUAACAAAUCACAUGAUGGAGUCAUAUAUCACAGUGGGAGAUUUCUUUUCCAAUGGAUAUGUUCUAGUGACGGUCCUCUUCUUCCAAUUAGUUUUCCAAAAGAUCACUACUCAACUAAGUUAUCACUAUAUCAUCUUAGAGGCAGCCAAAGUCAGGGCUGCCAUUCAGUCAGCAGUGUAUGCCAAAUCCUUACGCCUGUCGAGUUCGGGGAUUGGUAGUGGGUCUCUCACUGUCGGUGAGAUUACCAACCACAUGUCAGUAGAUCCUAGGGCCAUAUUCUUAGCUUUGCAAUGGUUCCAUUCCUGCUGGUCUAUACCAUAUCAGAUGGUUGUAUACAUCAUCAUUCUCUACAAUGAACUGGGGUUGUCGGCUCUGGUUAGUUGCGUCAUACUUCUACUGGCUAUACCUGUUCAGAUCUACAUUGCUAAUAGACAAUCAUUCUACCAAAAGGGGGCUAUGCAAAUGUCAGAUGAACGGUUAAAGCAGACUAACGAGGUACUGCAGGGAAUGAAAGUCGUCAAAUUAAACGCUUGGGAGAGAAUAUUUCAACAGGCUAUCGAGGUCACCAGAAACAAAGAAGUCGGUAAACUAAAGGCUCGAAUGUUCUGGCGGGUCCAGCUAAAUUCCUUGACCAAUGCAGUCCCACUUCUUGUUUCGCUCAUAGCUCUGAGCCUGAACAGUGUAUUCACGGGCAAGAGCCUAACUCCUGACGUAGCCUUCACAUCAUUAGCAGUCAUCAACCAGCUUCAGCUCCCUCUACAGAUACUACCAAGGGUGUCGUCUUUCUUCGUCAUGGCUGUCGUCAGUAUACGUAGACUAGGAAAGUUCUUCAAAGCACCCGAAAUCGAAGGCAAUCUAUUGAAGGGCGGUGAAAUGGAUGAGGACAACGAUGAUAAAGAAAAGAAGAAAAAAGCCACCACUUCCAGCGCUUUGAUCCAAAAACUGAAGAGAGGUUACGACAAGAAAUACGGAUCAAUUCCAUACUCAACGAUGUCAAACGCUCACAUUGAAUCUCCAACGCAAUCUAUUCCUAUGUCAAACAUGAAUGGUGAAACAGUUCCAUCUGGCAUUGCAUUGAAGAUCACCAAUGGUUCAUUUUCAUGGAGCAGUGAGACAAGAACACCCAUAAUAUCAGAUGUCACUAUUGACAUACCGGCAGGUCGACUUACAAUGAUUGUUGGUAAGAUUGGAGCAGGUAAAUCUUCUCUCUUGUCGGCCAUGUUGGAUGAGAUGAUCACGUUAGAUGGUGUUGUCGAACAUCACAGCAAAAAGAUCGGAGUUGCGUAUGCAGCACAGACAGCGUGGCUGAUCAACGCUAGCCUGAAGGAUAAUAUCUUAUUCGGAAACCCCUUUAGCCAGAAAAGAUAUCAAACAAUAUUGGAAGCAUGUUGUUUACAGCCUGACAUUGAUAUCCUCCCUAUGGGAGACCAAACGGAGAUAGGUGAGAAGGGUAUCAACAUGAGCGGAGGUCAGAAGCAACGCAUCAGUGUAGCCAGGGCCAUGUAUAGCUCAAAUGAUGUCGUCCUUUUGGACGAUCCACUAUCAGCCCUUGAUGUGCACGUUGGUAGUCACAUGUUCUUCAAAGGUAUUCUUGAUUUCUUGAUCGAGGAAAGAAGAACUGUCGUGCUUGUCACACAUCAGGUCCAAUACUUGGAGCAUGCUAAUCAGGUGAUCUUUCUCCAAAACGGAUGUAUAGCGAGGAAAGGAACAGUGCGAGAGAUUGGUAAAUUGGAUCCUUCCCUUGUAGAGUCUUGGAAUCUAUCUCUCAUAGCGGCCGAUGAAGCAGAAUUAGAAGUCGGAUACUGCAGUUCAACAGAUGAAGAACGCGAAGUACUCAAGAAACAAAUAUCGACGAUUAAGAAAGAUCAACGUCCUCAAAAUGACGACUCUUCAAGCAAAUUGAUCAAAUCGGAGGAGAGGAAUCGUGGUUCUGUAUCCUUUCGAUACUACUGGUAUUAUUUAUGUCAGUUUGGAUUAUGUCCAGGCUUCUUCGUCUGCUUCUUUGCCAUACUUCAGAACGUGGCUAAAGCUGGAACACAAUUCUGGCUUUCUGUCUGGUCAUCGGCUGGUGCCAAGUUACCCAGCAAUGCAACAGCUGAACAAAGCAAUGCUUUGCUGAUGAGAUAUAUCGGUGUAUACUGUGCUCUGAAUGCGGCUGAUAUGGUCCUGUGUAUGGUAUGGACAAUGAUUCUACUCUUUCAGUGUGUCCAAACCUCAAAGAAUCUACAUAAUUUAAUGCUAACUCGAGUACUGAGGGCACCAAUGAGAUUUUUUGACACGACCCCGAUUGGACGAAUCAUGAACCGUUUUGCUUCUGACAUGCAGAAACUCGAUCAGACCCAAGGACCAUUCAUCUUGGGUACAUUUAAGUUCUUCUUGGCGACCAUGGCUGGAGUGAUAAUUAAUGCAAUCAUCUCCUGGUAUUUCAUUGUGGCUAUGAUCCCAAUCGUCCUAGCUUACAUGCUAAUUAUGAAAGUCUUUAUUGAUAGCUCAAGGGAAAUGCAACGGUUGGUGAGUAUUUCCACCUCACCCGUCUUCUCCCAUUUUACUGAGUCGCUUGGAGGUUUGUCUACUAUUCGUGCCUACAGACUUCAGAAAAGAUUCAAGCAGAAUAUCGUCCGUAAAAUAGAGAGAAACCACGUGGCUUUCUGCUUUCUUCAAGAUAGUAACCGAUGGCUGGGGAUCCGAUUGGAUGUGAUAGGAGCCCUGAUUGUUCUAGCAGCUGGACUGACUAGUCUUGCUGCCUCGGCUCUUCAUCCAGCUACUUUUGGCGCUAGUCUUGUUGGUUUGGCAAUAACAUAUGCAGUCAAGGCUGCAUAUUCCCUGACAUGGGUUGUUCGUAAUUCAACUAGUGUCGAGUUGGGCAUGAAUUCUGUAGAGAGGAUCAAGUACUAUACCAAGGUAGAGAACGAGAAAUAUCAAGGAUCUGUUACUCCAAGCCGUAAUUGGCCAGAGAUGGGCCAUGUAUUAUACAAUCGAGUACAUGCUAGGUAUGCGGCUACCCUACCUGCUAUCCUUCAGGAUGUUAGCAUUGAUUUCAAACCAGGCAUGAAGCAAAACUAA